AUGCAGACCACCAAGGCACUGAUCAUGUCUCUAGUUCUGAUUCAUUCCUGUGCCAGGGGUCUAAUCAGGCCUGUGUCUGCUUCCCUCCUGAGUAGACCAGAGUCCCCAUCUAAACAGCCUUCCUACAGCAGCUCCCCUCUCCAGGUGGCCAGAUGGGAAUUCCAGACCAGUGUUAUUUCCCGGGACACUGAUGCAGCAACCAGGUUUAUUGGUGCUGGGGCUGCCACAGUUAGUGUGGCUGGGUCAGGGGCUGGCAUUGGCACAGUGUUUGGUAGCUUGACUAUUGGCUAUGCCAGGAACCCAUCUCUCAAGCAGCACUUCUUCUCCUAUGCCAUCCUGGGCUCUGCCCUAUCUGAGGCCAUGGGGCUCUUUGGUUUGAUCGUUGCCUUCCUCAUUUUCUUCACUGCGUGA